CAGACAGUGCAGUUAAAGUUCUCCAGAUUACCUCACAUAAACCCAUUCUUCCAAACCAAUGAAACACCUCUUCACACGAGAGCACUUCACUUCAGACUAGAGAAAACUGCUGUGUGUACAAGCAGACACAACUCUCCUAAAGGGUGUAUUCACACCUGUCUUGCCGUUAAGACUGACCAAUCGGUAAAUUUAGAGCAAACAUUAAGGCAAUUAAAAUGAAAAUACAGUCACGCCUGUCUACAGAAUAGCAGACCUCACCUGUCCGCGAAUAGAUCGGAUGGCAGCGAAAGUAAAAGGAAGAGUCAGUGACGGAAUGAGAGUCCGACCCACAUCCACACCUGUCUGUUUCACACUGAGUUUAUGUUGAAGGGCUGGUCUGGUCAUGAGCGGUUGACACCUUUCUUUGGGAAUACCAAUCAAUGCAAACCAAAGCUGUUAUUAGGAAGUGCGAUCCUUUAAAAGAUGAGCGCCGAGAGGAUCAUCUUAUUUUCAGGACACAUAUUUUUCCGUGUUGUUUUGCGGCUCUCGUUGCGUCCACAGCUUUAGUUCUCGCCUGUGGAGGGAAGAUGACUUUCUACGAUGGCAUUUACCCGUUUUACUCGCUACAAAGGAGCCCGUUCAUCUUCGACAUCAGCCUGCUGGUCGUGAUCCUGGUUUUCUCGGUUCUGGCUGUCAGCUUCCUCCUCAUUCUACCGGGAAUACGUGGCAAAUCGAGACUGUUCUGGAUGUUCAGGAUAAUCAUUAGUUUAUUUAUUGGAGUUGUUUUAGUAGCAUUGAAUUUUACUGGAGACUGGGCUGAAGCCAGCGUGAAGGCCAACGCCACCUACAAAUCCUUCAGUAACGCUGUGGUGUCUGCUGAGGUGGGACUUCAUGUGGGGCUGUAUGGCAUAAACAUCACACUUAAAGGCAAACCAGUAUCGCAGAUAAAUGAGACCAUUGACUACAACGAGAUCUUCAGGUGGUCGAGCAGUGUGGAUGAGCAGUACGGCGACGCGCUGGAGCGAGGUCUUCCCAACCCCAUCCUUUACAUCGCAGAGAAGUUCACUCGCAACAGCGCCUGCGGCCUCAUCUACCAGUACAGAUACUCGGGCCGCUUCGCCUCAGCCAAUCUGUGGACGGCUUUUUGCUGCUGGCUCGUGGCCAAUAUCCUCUUCUCAAUGCCUGUCAUCCUCUACGCCGGGUACAUGAUGAUAGCCACGGCCGCUUUCAUCUUCUUCUCCAUGGCUUCCUUCUCAACUAUAUUCAAUGUGACCCCAUGUGACUUCAGUGUAGGUGCAGAGUCCUUAAGGACAGAUUACAGCCAUUCCUUCUGGAUCGCUUUGGCUACAGGUUUGCUGUGCGCUGUGAUUGGUUUGGUGGUGGUGCUACUGGACUGUCUGUUUCCUGCGAGGAUGAGGGAGGUAUUCAGUGUGGGCGUGGACAAUGAGGAUGAUGAAUGCCAUACUGGUGAAGGCUACCUCAACUCAGGCUUUCUAGAGGGAGUGAUCUAUGAUGACAACACACAGACAGGGAAUGGCUCCAUGUCUCAGCAGAUCACUACAUUAACAGUAUGUUUCAAAGCACAAAUAAAUGCAUUUACAUUAACAUUAUCA